GACCCCUGCCGAUCCGCCGUGUAAAGAUAUGUCACCGUUUUCUUCUGCCAGAUAGCAAAACACAUCCCAUUGACUUCUAUGGCAGAGUCUUCUAGGCAUGCUGUGUGCCCUGUGCAGAGGUCAUCGUACAAGGAAAGAAGAGAUAACAUCUGACAAUCCCCUAUUGUCAAUGGUGGAUCCUGUCUUAUCUAUACGCAGAGUAUUUAAACGCAAGAAAAAUUAUACAAGUGGGGUAUCGUUGGAACCGUACUGACCUGGAGAAUAUGAAGUUUGAAGCUAUGGAGGACCAUGACGUCACCCAGACAGAUAACCUUACUACCAUUGAAGCACAUACAGUUGCUCACACUGUUGCCCAUUCUGUGGCUCAGCAAGUACAACAAGUCCAUGUUGCUACCUACACGGACCAUAGUAUGCUGAGUGCCGAUGAGGAUUCUCCAUCAUCUCCUGAGGACACCUCUUAUGAUGACUCUGACAUACUGAACUCCACUGCUGCUGAUGAAAUAACAGCUCACCUGGCAGCUGCAGGUCCUGUUGGAAUGGCUGCUGCGGCAGCGGUGGCCACAGGGAAGAAACGCAAGAAACCCCACAUCUUUGAGUCUAACCCUUCCAUACGUAAGAGACAACAAACCCGGCUACUGAGGAAACUUAGGGCAACCCUGGAUGAGUACACCACUAGGGUCGGCCAGCAGGCGAUUGUCCUGUGCAUUUCUCCUUCUAAACCUAACCCUGUUUUUAAAGUGUUUGGAGCGGCACCUUUGGAGAAUGUGGUGCGCAAGUAUAAGAGUAUGAUCCUGGAGGACUUGGAAACUGCACUGGCAGAGCAUGCACCUGUCCAACAAGACAUCAACUCUGACCUGCCCCCUCUGACUAUAGAUGGCAUUCCAGUGUCUGUGGACAAGAUGACCCAGGCUCAGCUGCGUGCAUUCAUCCCAGAAAUGCUGAAAUAUUCCACAGGAAGAGGUAAACCAGGCUGGGGCAAAGAGAGCUGUAAACCUAUCUGGUGGCCUGAUGACAUACCAUGGGCAAAUGUGCGCAGUGAUGUCCGCACCGAAGAACAGAAACAGAGGGUUUCCUGGACCCAAGCGUUAAGGACUAUAGUGAAGAAUUGUUAUAAGCAGCAUGGUAGGGAAGAUCUGUUAUAUGCAUUUGAGGAUCAACAGACACAACAGGUGGCAACUGCACAUGGUAUUGCUCACCUUGUGCCCUCACAGACUGUGGUACAGACAAUCAGCAACCCCGAUGGCACGGUGUCCCUGAUUCAGGUCGGUACAGGGGCGACUGUUGCCACACUUGCAGAUGCAUCGGAGCUGCCAACUACUGUAACUGUCGCACAAGUCAAUUAUUCCACGGUUAGUGAUGGGGAGGUGGAGCAGAACUGGGCUACACUUCAAGGGGGAGAGAUGACCAUCCAAACUACUCAAGCUUCUGAAGCCACUCAAGCUGUAGCAUCCCUCGCUGAAGCUGCUGUUGCAGCAUCCCAUGAUAUGCCGCCAGGAGCCACAGUGACCAUGGCACUUAAUAGUGAAGCAGCGGCUCAUGCAGUAGCGACAUUGGCAGAAGCCACACUACAGGGAGGAGGGCAGAUCGUUUUGUCAGGGGAGACUGCGGCAGCUGUUGGAGCAUUGACUGGAGUACAGGAUGCCAAUGGACUAGUACAGAUACCAGUCAGUAUGUACCAGACGGUGGUCACGAGCCUCACGCAGGGUAAUGGACCAGUGCAAGUUGCCAUGGCCCCAGUCACUGCAAGGAUAUCGGAUUCUACUGUCACGGUGGAUGGGCAGGCAGUAGAAGUGGUUACUUUAGAACAGUGACGUUCUCGCCAAAGAAGAUUUUUGAUGUAAUUUCCCGUCUCACUCUUGUUCCCAAUGUUAUGAACAGAGUGGUUUUAGAGACUUCUGCAGAACCUGCCAUUGCUUGGACCCCUGCCCCAAUUUAUUUUUCUCAUCCAUGGAAAGUGCUUGACCAUGUAAUAGUCUGUUUUUUUUCCUCGUUUAAUUUAUUUCAAUAAAAGAAGCAUCAAGCGUAUGUGUAUUUAACACCUUCAGGUUACAUUGGGCAAGCAGUGCACUGUGGAGGAUCGCCUUGAUGACUGUUUACCUUGGUUCUUAACUGACUGUUUCCUACCAUUGGUAUGAUGGACUACUUUGGAAUCGAAGACUUUACUGGUUUUAUUGUGCCCCGUUGUUGGAUUAUUAAUGAUGAUGAUUUCUAAAAAGAGGAAUCCCACUGUUCUCCGCUUACUUCUGGUACUUGUAGUUAAAGAAUGUGGCGGCACUGGUUUACCUAAUCUUGGGAUAGAGAGUUCUGCAAAAAUUAUUCAUAAUGGUCCCUACAACAUUACAACCUUCACAAAUCCAGGACUUUCCCAAAGCAUCUUAAUAAUAAUGUUUUGACUCUAUGGAAGGAGGUUCUGGAACUUGCCUAAGCGUUGUCCUUCAUUGGUGCUUGGGAUAAGCAGAUGCAUGUGUAUACUCUGGA